ACGUUUGAAAAGAUAAUGUCAAAAUUCAAAACAAAAGUGAAUAAUAAAAAAAAGUUUGUAGUAUGCCUCCUUAAAGAAGAAAAUAUGAAAGUAGUGGCAUUAAUAAGUGGAGGCAAAGAUAGCUGCUUCAACAUGAUGCAUUGUGUAAAAAAUGGGCAUGAAAUUGUUGCACUUGCUAACCUGAAACCUAAAGAUACAGAUGAAUUAGAUAGCUACAUGUAUCAAACGGUUGGCCAUCAUGCUAUCGAGUACUAUGCUGAAGCUUUGGAUUUGCCGUUAUUUCGACGUACAAUUAAUGGAACCUCAGUGUGUCGAAGUGCGACAUACAAGAAGUCUGCUGACGACGAAGUCGAAGAUUUGUAUGAACUGUUGAAAGAGAUUAAAGAAAAAAUUGAAUUUGAUGGUGUAUCUUCUGGAGCCAUCUUGUCAAACUAUCAACGCGUGCGAGUUGAGAAUGUAUGUUCACGUCUUGGUGUACAAUCACUUGCAUAUUUGUGGCAAUGCAAUCAAGUUGAACUAUUAGAGAAAAUGAUGGAAUGUGAACUGGAUGCAAUACUGAUUAAAGUAGCAGCUUUAGGUUUAAUUCCUUCAAAACACUUGGGCAAAAAUUUGAAAAAUAUGCAGUCACAUCUCCUUGAUAUGAAAAGAAAGUUUGAUCUAAACGUUUGUGGUGAAGGAGGCGAGUACGAGACAAUGACACUCGAUUGUCAUUUGUUUAAGAAAAGGAUUGUUAUAGACGAGCAAGAAUUGGUAAUCCAUUCUGACGAUGCUUUUGCACCUGUCGGGUAUCUGACUUUCAAAAAGAUGCAUUUGGAAGAGAAAAAGAUGAAAACGCCAUUACGUUUAGUGAAUAUGCAUUCGGCCCAGUAUGUUGAACUAAGAGCAUUGAUGGAAAAGCUUCAAACGUCAACUACUGCAAGUAACGACACGAAAUCUGUGGAAAAGACACCAGUCAAACACAGUCAUUCCAUUGAUGUACCAGCAAUCCGGAAUAAGCCAUACAUAUGCAAGACGAAUAAUGAAAUGUGGCUGGCUGAGUUGGUUUGCAUGCACAAAAAAGAAACAACGAUUGAAGAAUCAACUAGAGAAACAAUGGGAAAAUUACAAGAUAUUGUCUCAAGCAAUGGAUACAACAUGAGAGAUAUCUGCUUAGUUCAUAUAUUUUGUUCUGAUAUAAAUGAUUUUGCAAGAAUUAAUUCUGUAUAUGAAAACUAUUUCGAGAGUAAUCCUCCAGCAAGAGUCUGCGUAGAAGUACGAUCACCUCCAAAUAUUGUCUUCAAAUUAGAAGCUUACAUCAAUACUACUGACACAAGAGAGGCGCUGCAUGUUCAAAGUAUAUCGUAUUGGGCACCUGCUAAUAUCGGACCAUAUAGUCAGGCUGUUAAAGUUGGUAAAAAUGUGUAUUUUUCUGGUUCAAUUGGCCUGAUUCCAUUCACUUUAGAACUCGAUCCUAACGGUGUUGACGCGGAGGCGUUGUUAUCUCUCCACCAUGUGAAUGUUGUGUCGAAGGUGAUUGCUCCGAAGCGGUGCGAAUCCAGAGAUUAUGGUUGCAUUACUUGUUAUAUUACAAUACCAGAGUCAAUCAAAUUUAUCGAGAGAUUAUUUGAAAGUCAGACAAUGUUUUCUCCAAAGAGAUACCUGCUUAAUAUUGCAUGUGUGAUCAAUCUACCGAAGAAUGCGCAAGUCGAAUGGCACUUGACUUUGCGUGUUUGCCAACACAAGGUAGAUAACUUGCAAGGUACAGAAGUGCUCACAGCGUCUACUCAUCAAUACAAUGAUGGAUAUUUGAUAAGUUGUGUCACAAAAGAAGACAUACAAGAGAACGGUGAUUUGAAAGCUGCAGCCAUUCGAAAUUUUUCUGCUUGCGCGAGUAAAUUACGCACGUGUAAUUUCUUGCGAGUGUUAUAUUUAGUUUCGAUGGAGGAGAAAAAGUCAUUGACCGACGUCCUACAUUCCACCUUAAACGGGUUGUUCGAUCGAGAUAUUGUUUUGUCGUUCGUUCCUGCGCAGAAGCUAUACGUACCUAAUCUCAAAACAUCUGAAGAGAUUGUCGUACUCAUCAAUGGAUUUUGCAAUGACCCUGUGAAUGCUGAUGAGAGUAAUGAUAUAUAUGGGUACUUUUAAUGAGAAGGCAUUGAGUUUUAUUGAACGUUGCAGCAGAAGUUUCAAGACCAUCAUGUCUUCAGCUAAAUGUCGAUUCUUCACAUGAACGAAAAAAGAAAACUGAAAUAGCACUAUCGAAUGAAUCCUUUAAGAAAGAUGUUUGGAGGAUUCUGUUGACGAAGUAAACAGUUGCUGACAGUAGUUUUGCAAAAGAACUAGCGCUAGAUCCACUUGUUUUAUACACAUGCUAUUUAUAUGAAGUUUUAAUGAAAUCUAUGUGUUCUUACGACUUUUUUUCUUUCUUUCUUUUUACCUUUAUAUAAGGGAGUUGUUUAAAAUAUUUUUUUAAAAGGAUUAACUAAACUAUCAAUGGUGAGAAAAAGUAUGCUGGACGUUUAAUAAUCUUAAUAAAACAACGAAAAAUUAGCAAAAUUAUGAACAUCAGCAAAAUUAUGAAAAUCAGCGAAACAACAAAAAAUCAGCGAAAUCAUGAAUAUACACUUAUGUUAAACAAUGCCGUUAGAAAAUGGGAAAAAAUAAUAGUACCAAAAAUAACAGUCAAAAUAACAGUUCCUCGUCCCUUUUAAACCAGUCCGUUGCAUCGAUUUUCUUAAGUUUAAAUGCGUCUUCCGGCAACCUACAGGUGCUAAUUCUCAAAAUCUAACCCUCUCGCGUAGACAAUAAAUUUGCCGUUUUAUCCUGAAAGCUAAAACAAAUUUGAUUCUUACAGCGCUGUAAAUUAUUUACCAUAUUCUAUUUACCUUCUUGGUCCUUGAUCCGCCAGUCCUUGUUUCAACCUUAAUAUUGCCAAGACCAAAAGGAAGACCAAAAAUUGAAGUCGAAGAAAGUUUAUAGAGAAUCGCAAGCAAAUAAAAAUCAGGAUUUACAUUGACUUUUUUCUUUGCAAGUGUUAGAAUCUGAAUUAUAAUUAAAUAUAUUGUAUGGUCCGUAUAUUUCGUCAAAAAUUUCUUACUCUUCAUCGCUUCCACAAAUUUAACAUCGGUCAAGCCUUUGAGGUUUGUAAAAUACAGCUUUAAUCCCCCAGAGGUGGCCAAAAUUAACGCCACCACGGGUCGGCUAAUCAAGGACCAAUAAAGCGCUCUCGUCGUUCGGCCGAUAAUGUCACUCUGCAAAAAUAGCCAAGAUGUGUGAAAAAAAACUCGCAUCCACUGCUCAGUAAUGGCCCACUCGGUGUUUUGCAUUUCAAAAGUGCAGUUGAUUUUGUUAUUGUAUAGUACAACUUGCUUUCAUUAUACCGAAUGGGACAGUUGUAACUGUAGCGCCAACUAGUCACGCGGCACAAAUCCUGAAAAAGUUCACGAACUUUUGUAUAUAAUACAUCAAUUUUUGCGCCUUGUUAAUUGGUGUUGGAUUGCAUCACAACUCACUUUUUAAAUUAUAACUCCUGAAAUACACCUCCAAGAAGGCUAAAAAUUGGCGACUUUAUUUUUUUUGUAUGUAGCAACUUUUCAUAAAAUUUUUGAAAUUCCAUUUUGGGAGUUGUUUGGCUAAAUGUGGUUUCGGAAAAAUGUCAUCAAAAUUGCUGAUACCAGCAAAUUUUUAUCCUUGUCAAUCAAUUUCUUUUAUUUACUAUUCCUUUCAUCAACAUAGCUUUAGCCAUUCAAACGUUUUUCGGGGUAGUUAAAUCUAGGAUGUUUUGUGCUGUGUUUGUAUUUCAUCUUUUGUCACUUGAAAUAAAUGCCUCAUUAUUUUUGCCGUCUUGAAACAUGUUAAUUUAUUUAUAGUUUUAUCUAGAAACAACGAAACUAAUACAUCAUAAUAAGGUUAUAUCUCCUAAUAAAUGGCCACUAACAAAUCGUCCAAUCAUAGUUUUCACGACGCAUCUAGUGACCAAGAAUGCACCAAUUAUGAAAAGACAAGCAACGAAAGUAAGGCUUGCAAGCGAAAAAGAGAAGAUGUGAACUUACCAUUCGUGACAGCCUCGAAAUCUUCAGCUCAAGAUAGUUUCUCAUUGUGGACGAAUUUAUUGUUAGAUGUAGACCAACCCUUAUCCUCGCAAAUCAUGGUAAAACAAUAUACAUUACCAAAUGUAAAUAAAAAGUGAGAAAUUUUUCCCAGAAGAUUUUAUGUUGUGAAGAACUUAAACUGUUCCAAGCAAUACAGCCAAUGAGAUUUCGGAAUUUGUGAGGAACUUGUUUAUCUGAAUGCGCUCCUAGAUACGGUUUGUACGAGGCGUUUGGAUAAUUGUUGAAUUUCAAGUUCUUUAGUCACUGGGAACCUUUUGUCUGAAAUAAUUAUUAUAGUGUGUGGGGACGGAUUACUAAACGAAAACGUUUUCUUCUAAACUUAUUUUGUUGAAUUUGUUAUAUUGCUGGACGAAAUGGAUGGUUGUCACCCAGUGGCGAGGACAGCUUGUGGCAUAAAAAAAAUUUGUGAAUGUUACUAUAGGAUGUGUUUUUUCUCUCUGCAAAGCAAGUUUUGUGCUCCACUCAGGUAAAACUAUAUGGCAUAUUUCAAUCAAUUAAUUGGGGUAUGAUGGAAUUUGUUUUGACUGAGACACACCCACCAAAUGUCAAAAGACUUGAAAACAAAAUACCGAUACAGUAGGGGAAAAAUUUAUGCACUGAUAUAUACGAAAUUUUUUACUUG